CCCACAGACAUGGAAGUGCGUUACAUUGUGCCAGCGGCAGACUGCAAGCGAAUAAAGGAUAAACUGGAAGAAGCAAACGUGUACGACAAGAGACGACGCAUAGAGCAAACAGACGACGGCCGUCUGGCCAUUCCAGUCACACACCAAGCUCUAAAACUACGCGACCCAUCAUUCGAUUCGAUAAACUUUAGACACGACGAUGUACGUCAUUUGUCUCCCCAUCGGCCCUCUCCAAAAGACAAACUCAAAAUGGCAGUAGAGUCUUCACUACAUCUUGACCCCGCCCUCGAGGCGGAAAUUCCUACAUCCUGGGAAAUACGUGGUGACCUAAUCCUACUGUCACGUGACGCAUUCAGAAGUAAAAAAUGGGAAGAAUCCGUGCCAGACUUGUGGGACAGAAUUUGUGCCUGUUUGGGUGUAUCGAGAGUGGCCAGACAGAGUGUGAUCAAAUCGGAUGAAUUCCGUAGUCCAACUGUUGAUCUUGUGAGGGGUGACUCGGGGUGGGUGAAGCACAAAGAGAAUGGAAUUGUUUACUGUUAUGAUGUGACCAAGUGUAUGUUCUCGAGUGGAAAUAUUUCGGAAAAACAGUGGAUUGGACGACUCGAUUGUCAGAGUGAGGUGAUCGUCGAUUUGUAUGCCGGGAUUGGAUACUUUACUCUUACAUAUUUGAUACACGCUAAUGCACGACAUGUUCAUGCUUGUGAGUGGAAUCGGAACGCAGUGACAGCUCUGAGAGAGAGUCUUGAAGCUAAUAACGUUUCCACACGAUGCACUAUCUACGAAGGCGACAACAGAAAGGUAGCACCACAUGGUAUUGCUGAUCGAGUCAAUCUCGGGCUUAUACCAUCUUGUGAAGACAGCUGGGAGACAGCCUGCAAGUGUCUCAACAGGAGCACUGGUGGAUGGCUCCAUAUUCAUGGAAAUGUCAAUAGUCGCCUUGCAGGUUUAGAUAUUUGUUCUUCGAAGCAAAGGUGGAUGGCUUUUGUAGUCAAAUCGAUCAAGAAGAUUUUCAGUGAUUUAUACAGCUGUGAGUUACAGUGGACUGUCUCGGGUUCGAGUCCUCGUAAGGUCAAAUCUUAUGGUCCACACAUUUGGCAUAUGGUCGUCGAUGUCGAGUGCCGUCCGGGACACGUAAAUGCAGAGACAGCUGACAGUAUCACAGAAACACACUAA